AUGAGCGCCUCCGAUCCGGGCCCUCCCGGGCGCAGCCGCGGCUCCUCGCCGGAGCUGCAGCGCCGCGGCCGAACGGAGGAGCUGCUCCGGACCGAAGGGCGGUACCUGGAGCAGCUCGAAGGGGUCGCGACGUACUUUGUGGUCACCCUGAAGGCCAAGGGGAUCUUGAACCCGGACGUCCAUGAGAUUCUCUUUGGACCCUGGGAGUCCAUCUGCUCCGCCAGCCGGACGCUGCUUUUCCACCUGACCAGGGGCCAUUUUGCAUUAGGACUUGAGAGUUUCUGCCACCAGCUGGUGUUCUAUGUCCAUUAUGCAGAGAAUCUGGAAGCAGCCCAGAAUAUCCUGAAGAAACUGGUAAGGAAGAACAAAGCUUUUUCCCGCUUCAAGAGGCUUCAGGAAUCUCGCCCAGAGCUUAAAGGUUGCCGGCUGGAAGAACUGCUGCCGCUGCCCCUACAAAGGCUCCAUCAGUACAAGCACUUGCUGCAAGAUUUGGUGGAGCAGACUCCCCCGGAGAGCACUGGAUUUGACCAGCUCCAAGGGGCCCUAAAGUCUGUCUUGGAGGUCCUGCAUCGAGUCCAGGAAAUUGCUCGUGUCCGUCAGAACCUGGAGGCGAUGAGACAGAUUCAGAAACAGCUGAAGGGACGGAAGACCCAAGUGCUGGCUCCAGGGCGGUGGUAUCUCCAGGAAGGUUGGCUGAUGGAGGUCCCCUCCAAGGGGAAGGAGAUGCAGCGCAGGAGGUGCUUCCUUUUCUCUGAUAUCUUGUUGUUAGCCAAGCCUUGCCACCCGCUCCAUCCUUGGAAUUCACACAAGUUUGCUUGCCAGGCCGUUUACCCUCUCAGUCACUGCGUUGUGGAGAAGGUCUUUGGUCACACCCAGAGCCAAGGAGGGCUGCUCAGUCUCUCCUUCCCACGAAAAAAGUUACUCUUGAUGUCUUGCGAUCAGGAGGAUUUUGCCAAAUGGCACCAGAAUCUGGUGGUAGCUAUCAGGUAG